AUGAAGACCUCUUGGCUGCUAUCUCUUGUUGGGCUGGCGCUUCUUGCGCACAAGGCGAGCUGCACGAACACCCCAUUGCUCCCCUACGAUCCGGAGACAACCUCUGACUGCGCCGACUGGUUCAACAACGACGAUGACAAGACUUGUGAAUGGGUGCGCGAUUACUUCAAGGCUACCCCGGACGAGUUCAGUAGUUGGAAUCCAUCCGUCGGCCUCGACUGCAAGACAUGGUACAACUGGAACUCAUACUGCGUCAUUACAUGGACCAAGGUAAAAGCUACCCAGACGACGACCUCGACCACUACCACCAGCUCGCCCACCUCCACCGCACCCACCCUCGGCCCUUCCCCAACAGCCUGGAAAAAUAUGGGCUGUUACGUCGAGGACCCGGAGAUGCCCCUCCUCGACAUCAACUUCACCCCCAACGGCGACCCUUCCCUGAGCGUCCCCAAGUGCUGGCAGAAUUGCUACCGUCGCUUCUACCAGUUUGCCGGCCUCCAGAAUGGCAACCAGUGCUGGUGCGGCUCCUACGUCGGCGGCGAGUGGGCAGCAAACCAGACAGACUGCAACUUGCCCUGCACUGGCAACCCCAACACCUUCUGCGGCGGUCCGGCGCUUCUUCAAAUCUAUAAGGCUGACGAGAACGUUCCUCCCGCCACCGCUACUGGCGCUGCUGGCGCAACUACUACUCCCGCUUCAACUACUACUCCCGCUUCUGACGCGAAGCAUGACUCCGGGGCGGUCAAGAACCCAGGUAUGUUUUGGAAUCCGCUAGGCUAG